CGCUGCACAGCGGCUGCAGCUGAGCGAGGGACACCAUGUCCGGCAGAGGCAAAGGCGGGAAGGGGCUCGGCAAGGGCGGCGCCAAGCGCCACCGCAAGGUGCUGCGCGACAACAUCCAGGGCAUCACCAAGCCGGCCAUCCGCCGCCUGGCUCGGCGCGGCGGCGUCAAGCGCAUCUCGGGGCUCAUCUACGAGGAGACGCGCGGCGUGCUGAAGGUCUUCCUGGAGAACGUCAUCCGCGACGCCGUCACCUACACCGAGCACGCCAAGAGGAAGACGGUCACGGCCAUGGACGUGGUCUACGCCCUCAAGCGCCAGGGACGUACCCUCUACGGCUUCGGCGGCUAAACCACAGCUUUUGUUUGUUCCCGGAUCACCUCGAGAAACCAAACCCAAAGGCUCUUCUAAGAGCCACCCAAUUUUUCCAUUAAAAGAGCUGAGUU